AUGGCCACAACCACCCUAUGUCACCCUUCAAGCAUUAAGCGGGAUACUGGGAGUCGGGAGAGGGUUCACAAGAUCUGGGCAAUUUUCUCCCUGGCCUUGGCCUGCAUUUCCAACUUCAGUCUGAGAUCCCCUGCCUGGUUCAGAAACAAAACCACAUCGUCUGGGGUCUUUACCCACUGCUAUUGGUCCUCAAAAGCUGUGAUUGGCACAAUCUUGGGACUGCUAAUUUUUCCAUGUAGUUUGGAUUCGGCAUUCGCUAAUGAAAUUGGUGGUUAUUCCUCCACAGACAAUGCUGGGAAACGUAAGCUUGGCUGGGGCUACACCGUGGCUAUCCUGGAUGUCCUUCGACCAUAUUUGCUGCCAGUCAUCGGCAGAUACAAUUUAAAUGAGGUCAAGUCGAAAGUCUUUUUCUCUCCUGCUACAGAAAGUAGAAUUCUAGUAGGAGAAGAUGAAUAA